GUGCACGCCGGGAUAUACCCCCCUCCCUAACCCAGAAGACCGAGCGAGGCGGAGUAAGAGGGGCGGGUACCUCCGCGGUAGCACGUAACCCGAGGUGGGACUUACUGCGCAACCAUUGGCCAACGCGCCCGUGGUAUGCAUAUGAACCUGAUUUAAAUCGGGACUCUGGCUCGGUCUGCGCCGGCGCAAUAGAGGGGGAAAGUCUGCUUUGUACCCCCGCCCCCCGAAAGAGCAGAGCUCUUACCUCCCAGGGAACCCGGGAGUCAAAGCGGUCCUCAUCCUCUUGGCUACUUUUCUUUCUACUCCUGAUCUGGCACGGCGUCUGAAGGUCCCCCUCUCCCCAGCUGAGCCUAAUCCGGCUGUAUCUUAAGGAGAGGUCAUGAAGCCAUUAUUAACCCUGGACUGAAUCGCAGUAGCUAUUCCGGAUUUCUCUCCCGAAAGGGAACACCAGCAAAAUGAAAUCCGCUGAUUAGGCGAAUUGGAAAUCAGGAGUCGAUCGAAUUCGAAUACGUCUGAAACUUCAGGGCUGGCAUUGGUGGGGGGAUGACAUUGGUCCAGCGAUCCCGCAAGGACAGGUUUCUUUCACCCUCCCCCCUGGGCCCCCGACCCAAUUGCUCCGAAGAGCCUCACGCUCACACGGGCUGUUUGCAAGAAACGCUCAUCCUAGUUUACUGAAGUACGAUUUGCUCAUCGACCCAACUUUCCAGAUUUGGACGACGCUGAGUUGCAGAAUAACACGGGCUGGGACACUGUCCACGCACCACCUAAGCCACAAACCUAAGUUUAAGGCUAAAGCUAAUUUUAGCGCGCUGUUCCAGCCUGGCCACGCAGAAGUUUCCAAAACCGUAGCCGUGUGACUCCAAUGCAGCAAAAGCACCCACAGACAAAACCAGCCACCUUGGGACACUUGGCAGGCUAAUACUGAACACAGCACGGAAGUGAUCGCGGGUCCCAGCGCUUGGGCUAAAACGCUUUUGUUGCGUUUUUCUCAACACAGAGACAUUUCCUCGAUGCAGAUUUCCUCGGCUAAGGUGGAGGCUACUUUUGUGGAUUAAAACCAGGUGGAGGGAUCCGAGGCAGAAGCGCUGCCGGGUCCUGCGAGGGAGGCGCAAGCACGCCCGACCGUCCCCCGGCGGGUCUUUAGCAGCGCCCAAAUAACGCACCCCAAGAGCACCCGCGGAAGCGACACGUCCCGAACCUGGAUUGUCAGUAAAGGCCGCCCUACCCGGCCUCUGUAGGGCCCACCAGUUCCAACAUGGCAUCAGUUACAGAUAAGUCCCUGUUAUCGGCGGAGCUACAAGGAGAAGAAGAUGAAGAAGAAUUCCGUCGGCUCCUACUUCAGGCAGCCCAGAAUAUCCAGGGAUCCGUGCCUUCUCCGGCAGAAUCCAAGCCUAUCCGUCCACUCCCAGGAUUCUGCCUUAAAACCCAUACAAGUUCUGGUGAGAAGAUUUUUGUCAAUGUCUGCAGGUCCCUGCACAUCCCUUCCCCACCAGACCUAACCAACGAAGAGCUGGCUUGCCUCAUUGAGUCAGAGAAUGCCUCCACCUUCCGGAUCCCCAUGAGUCUGGGGGAGCCCCAUGCAGAAGUGGACAAGAGCGGUAAUGGUUGCACAGCCUACGAAGUCACCAUCAACAGCAACUUUUUUAAUAAGAUGGAGAGCAACCAGUUCCUCAAAGAAUUCUUCCUUACGAUAGCCAUGGAAGGGUUGUCAGAGAAAUACAAGAUGGACAUCAGCAAUCAAGAGUGGCGGAUUCUGAAGAACAGGAAGUUUAUGGGCUCCAUAUCGGAACAGAAUAUUCGCACUAAAUCCAAGCCCAUCAUCCAAGAGAUGCACAGCAGCUCCGCUACAGCUCCUGAAUUCACCAUAGUUGCGGAGCCAUCUACCAGUCACCCAGAUCAUCUAGUGGCGAAAAUCUGCCUCCCUGAAAUGAUCUCAGUGAGACAUCUUGAGCUGGACCUAGGAGAGGACCAUAUUGUGUUACGGGGACAUCCUGAACUCUAUCAUUUGGACAUUUUCAUACCCUACAGCAUUGUCCCUGAGGAAAGCCGGGCUCAGUUCCACAAAGAAACAAAGAUCCUUACUGUCAUGAUGCCUGUCCAACGCCCAUUGCUGUUGCCAUGAACUCCGAACAGACAGUCUGGAGGAUUGAUCACGGUGUAGGCUGGGGAUGUGCAUUAUGGACAUACGUCUCAGCCUCAUGGGAGAAACAUCAGGGAUGACGCUGGACUUUGGGAACAGUCAUCCCUAAGGCAUGCAGACUUUGUACCUAGAAACACAGAGUAAAACAAGUUGGA